AUGGUGGAGAUGGUUUCUUGGAUCUAUAACGUCAAUGAAUGCCUCGUCGCGCGCGACAGCAAGCCGGCCUGGACCGUGCUCAUCCUCGGCACCGCGCUGUCAUUCCUCGGCGGCCUCGCCCUCAUCGGCGCCGCCUAUUACUACUAUGCCCCCACCCCCGGCUGCCGCCUGAACCUGUUUUUCAUAACGUGGUCCAUCGUGGUCGGCUUCGCGCUGGUGGGGGUGCUGUUCGUACCCCGCCGGCUCGAGGUCGCGGGGCUGUUGACGAGCGGUGCCGUGUUUGUGUACUGUUGCUAUCUCAUGUAUUCUGCGCUGGGCCGGGCGCCGCUGACGCAGUGCCAGAGGAGCACGGGCACCGGCCAGUGGGUGCAGAUCGUCGGCUUCUUGUUGGCCAUCGCCGCCAUCUCAUACAGCACCAUGUCCCUCGGGACGAGCUCCAUCUUUGGCAACGCCGGCAGCAGCGGGGACGGCGACACCGAGUCAGCGGAGGCUGACAAGUACCUGCCAUACCGGCCGGACGUCUUCCAUUUGGUUUUCGCGUUUGCGAGCAUGUACAUGGGCAUGCUCUUUACAAACUGGCAGGUAUCUUCAAACACCAAAAAGUUUGAGCUGGGCGGCGGCUGGGCCAGCCUGUGGGUCACCAUGGGGUCAAAGUGGUUCUGCGAGGCGCUGUACCUCUGGACUGUGGUGGCGCCCGCCGUGCUCCGCAACAGGGACUUCUCAUAG